AGGUACCCCAGAAUUCUUGGAACGUUUCCUGAGCCAAUCGCAUCAUUGUGUCAGUACGUAUCCUUUUUCAAUGCGCUUGCGAAGUUCUAUCGUGUAUCGUGGGCGAGCCAUGCAUUCGCUUCUCAUGAGCACUUCUGCCAUCUCGGCUCCAGUGGAGCAUCAUGGCAACGACGGACCUGUUGCUCCAUGAAUUGCUGACACUGAGUGCCGAGCUGUCCUGUUGGAAUAUGGUAUCUAGCCGCGUCCAUGGCGAGCCAUGCAUGAUUUCAUCGGAGGAGCAAGAUAUUACUCUGGGUUCGUUAAUUUGCGUGGGGGGUACCCCCCCGACGGGGCUCAACCUCGUCUCGACGGGGCUCAACACCUCGUCUCGUCGUCGCGCCGCGACGGAGGUCGGAGCGCCUUCGGCGCGCAGCGGCUGCCCGCGACGGGGGUCGAUGUGGGGCUGUCGGUGAGGGUGUAUUAAGAAACUCGGAGUUAUGGUAAUGGUACGUUCCAAGAUUCUUUCAGGAUUGCUUGGAUCUCCCAUUGUACCACACGGGCCCCAAGAGCUAGGGCCGCCAGGUACCCCAGAACUCUUGGAACGUUUCCUGAGCGAAUUCCAUCAGGAUCCACUUCUCGUCCUGUUUCAAUGCGCCUGCGUACAGUCGGGGCCCUGAAGAAGGAACCCUUUUCGUUGGGGAGGGGCUCCGUGUUCCUUGAGUGUUUCACAGCUUUUCCACUUAUGGAACACAGGGGCCUCGUUCCUUACCUGGGGUUCCUUGGGUCAGCGCCUCGACUGUACUUCUCACCCGAACCAUGGCCAAGCCAUGCAUUCGUAUCCUGCGAGCGCUCCUGCAGCCUGGCGCACCCCGGCAACCACAGGGCCGGCUGCCCCACGCUCUGCCGACGCUCGCCGCCGCACCGCCCUGCCGGCGCCCGGCGCACUUGAGCCGCGCCCGGGGCGAGCCGUGCGCUCGUUUUUUGGUCAUAGCUAGGGGGGUGGCGGAGGAGCCACGCCCAACCGACGCUCGGUGCCGCGCUGCCCUGCCGGCGUCCGGCGCAACCAGCCGCGCCCGGGGCGAGCCGCGCGCUCGGUUUUGGUUCCUUCGGCGCUGCGCCGCGCCCGCGGGUUUCGCACGCCGAGGUUCCACGAAACCCAGCUCUGCCAGCGCCCGAGCAGGGGCAAGCAGUGCCGCCGCUCGCCAGGUGCCAGGCUCGGUGCCCACGGUGAGCCCAGCGAGGUGUGCGGAGCGAGUUGCUGCAUUCGCGGUGCUCGGACAGUGCUGGCGCGACGCUCGACGGGCAGCGUCGCGUCCCGUGUCGCACCUCGGGCGCUGUCUGCCUUCGCAGCGAGCAGCUCAUUCCCACAGAAGCACGGCCCGUCGACGAGGAUGCCCCCCUUCUCUCGCUCGCAAAACUCAAGGGUUUCAGUUAGGCCCGAGAGAUUCGCUUU